AUGGCUGAUAAAAUAUGUAAGGCAUGUAAUGACACAAUCAUUGAUAGAGAGUUUUUGAUUUGUUCCAACUGCGAUGAGUACUAUCAUUUGAAGUGUACAUACAUUUCACCGAAAUUAUAUUAUUUAAAAAAUCCAAAUAAAAGAAGACUAUUCCAGUGUAAGUCAUGUGUAAAAAAAUUACAAGAUAAUGACUGCGUGCUAAACCAGUCCUCACCUUUAACUGAGAGCUUAGAAACGGCUACCAGAAAUGUUACUACACGUAAGAAAAUAAUUACAAAUAAAGAAGCCUCUAAUUCAUUUGGCUCCUUAUCUGUCGAUGAGAACUUUGAAUACUCUUCUUUAACAUCAUCUCCAACACAUGUGGAUCUGACUGAUAAAAAUACCAAAGAUUGUAUAAGCAAAUUAAAUGAAAAAUUAUGUGAACUACAAAGAAAACUUGAUAAUGCAGACAAGGAGAUUGAAGACUUGAUAUCAGAAAACUAUAUAUUAAAAAAAGAAAUAGCCGAAUUUAAGUCGAAACCUGAGAGAUGUGUGUGUAUAUUAUCAUCUAAGAUUAAGAACGCAUCAAGUACAAACAGAUCACAAAACAUUAACGAAGUCGAAUCAAACCUAGUUAACACUGUAGAAAAUAAGGAAACCCCUAAUAAUAUUGAAAGUAAAAAUCAUAAUUCAAUAAUAAAUCAUAAAGAACAACACAAGGUAUGCGUAAAUGAAUAUAAAAAAAUUUAUGGAGAAAAAAGUAAGCAAUGCAGAACUGAUGAACAGAUACCUUUGAAGCACACUAGAAAGAUAUGCAUAAUCAGCAGCAACAACAAAAAUAAUAUAAAGGGCAUUGCACAAGACAAUGACAGAAUUCAAAAUCUCUAA